AUGUGCAAGUCCAUUUUCAAAUUGCUUUCAGGGAAUCCCAAUACACAAAAAAGGACCACCAACUCAUCAAUCAGUUUAAUCAGCAUAUUAGGAAGCAUAUUUUCCCUACUGUUAUUAGUAAGAAUCAUACUAGUUAAUACCUCGACUAGGAUUUAUACACCCGAUUUUAAAAACACUCCAGGUGUAGAAUACUACGACUUGCAAAAUUAUAAAGGGAAUAAAAAUGGUUGGCAAAUGGGUGACCGUAUUGUCUUUUGUGUUCCACUAAGAGAUGCAGCUGAACAUUUACCAAGGUUUUUCCGUCUGCUAAAUAAUAUGACCUAUCCUCACAAUUGGAUUGACUUGACUUUUUUAGUCAGUGAUUCCAAAGAUGAUACUAUGGGUGUUUUGUUGGACAAUUUAAAAAGUUUACAGAGCAAUAAAGAUAAAACGAAAAUAUUCGGUAACAUAGAAAUAUUCGAAAAAGAUUUUGGUCAAAUCAUUGGCCAAAGUUUUAGCGACAGGCAUGGUUUUGCUGCACAAGGCCCAAGAAGAAAACUAAUGGCCAGAGCAAGAAACUGGUUAGGCUCUGUUGCCUUAAAACCAUAUCAUUCAUGGGUAUAUUGGAGAGAUGUUGACGUUGAGGUUAUACCCGACACAAUUAUGGAAGAUUUAAUGCAUCACGACAAAGAUAUUAUCGUACCUAAUGUGUGGAGGCCCCUACCGGAAUGGCUAGGUCAUAUACAGCCAUAUGACUUAAACAGUUGGAAGGAGAGUGGUGGUGGUAUCCAACUAGCCAAUACUUUGAGUGACGAUGCGGUGAUUGUGGAAGGUUAUCCUGAAUAUGCUACAUGGAGACCUCAUUUAGCCUACAUGAGGGAUCCAAGUGGUGAUCCAGAAGUGGAGAUGGAAUUAGAUGGUAUCGGAGGUGUCAGUAUCUUGAGUAAAGCUAGAGUUUUCAGGGCAGGCUCUCAUUUCCCGGCUUUUUCGUUCGAAAAACAUGCUGAAACGGAAGCAUUUGGCAAAUUGAGCCGCAGAAUGAAAUAUAAUGUCGUUGGCUUGCCGAACUAUGUUGUUUGGCAUAUAUAUGAGCCAAGUAGUGAUGAUUUAAAGCAUAUGGAAUGGUUGGCUGAAGAAGAACAAAAGAGACUGGAAGAAUCUAAAAUCAGAGAAUUUUACGAUAAAAUUUGGGAAAUCGGUUUUGAAGAUGUUAGGGAUAAGUGGUCUGAAGAUAGAAUGCAAGUCUUAAAGAACGUUGAUCCUAAUAAAUUGGGUAGAAACGUGUUUGUCGAUUGGAGUGACACUGAUGAAGAUUAUGAACAAGAUGAAGAAAAUUUAGCCACUGAAAGCAAUAGUAAGGAUGCUAAUAAUGAAGAAGCUCCUGUUUUUGUUCCAGAAAUUCUUGGUGAAGAUGCUAAAUUAAAAGCAGAUUUCAACCCAGAUGAAGUUUGA